AUGUCUAAAGGGUUAGGGUCAAACCUUGACAAAGACAAAGAAAUCGCCUAUGAUCUGAACCUUGAACCCGAGGAUGAUGAUGAUGAGGUUCCUUUAGAGCAAUGUUCGAUUUGUGUCGAGCUUCUUAGCAAUAAGCACAAUGAUUACACUGUUGUGAAGCUAUGUUGUCUACACGAGUUUCAUCUCGAUAUAUAA